CUUGCCACAUUCAUUCACGCUUCACUUCCCUCUCUUCUCUGCUCUCUCACAUCCCUCUCCCUCACGGUUCAGCAGCAGCCCCAGCACCACCAGGCCACGCCUCCACCGUAGCCACCAGAAGCCACGGUAGCGCCUCCCUACCAGCAGCCAGCAGCCACCAACAGGCUGCGUUCGCCUCCUCACAGCAGCAGCAGCAGUGGCUGCGUUCUCCCCCCACCAACAGCAGCUAAGCUGCACCUUAAACAACCACCAACAGCUGCUGUGACGGCCAAUUGUGCAGUCUCCACCAUCACCACACCAACUACUUGCUCCUUCAUCUCUUCUCUUGUUCCCCCUUCAGGGCGAAAAUAGGGGUCGUUUGCGUGUUGGUGUUGUGCAUGGUUUGAGACUAUAGGUCUUAUAGCUGGCAUAGGUACUCAGGUAAGUAAACUACUCUGAAACCUAAAAGCUUCACCCAUCAAAAGAACUAGUUCAAGACCUCAAAUCAAGCUAUUUUCAUGGUUGUUUUGCAGGAACAGAAGUUCUGUAGAGCAUUAUAUUGCUGUGCACUGGAACAAACAAAUAUGGAGGAUACUUUGCCCCAAAAUGGUUGUUUUUAUGCAUUUAUAGUUGUGAACUCGUUUAAGGUCCUUUAUCAUUAGGCUAGUUCAUGGUCUUGAUAAAUAGACAAGCUCUCCAUAUUUCACCACUUACUCAUAUUUUGUCUAUUUUUAGGCUUCGUCAUAAUUAGUGCAUAUUGGGAAGAUUAGUGAAACACUUAGAAAAGUUUAUUACAAAUGAUAGAAGUAAUAUUAGACCAUAUGUCCAUAAUACAUAGAGGAAGGUGGUUUAGUAUUAUCUUACAAUUGUAAGCUGAUAGAAAUAAAUUUGCACCAAGGACAAUUUAAAGAAACAUCAGCAAAUGUUGUAGGAAGCAGGAGCACUUUCACACCUCAAACAGACGAAUUAUGAAAGUCCUAAACUCUGAAGAGCUUAGCUUUUAAAAAAUUCAAAUUUAUGCAAAUCCAAAAGUCAUUGCUCAUGAAAACAUAGAGAAAUUAAGUAAUUAAAUAUACAUAGAUAAUUAAAAUAACCUACCUCAUCUUCAAGCUUUUAAAGGUUCCUUGAUCUUAAAUUUAAUUCAUUGAGAUCAAUCCAGUCUCUAACUAUCACACCUCCACUUUCAGAAAUUCUAGAAUUAGAAUUUAAUCUUUCCACGAAGUCAAGUAUGUAUAAUUUUGUCCCUCAUCUCUCUCCUCCAUCCUUUCCUCUUAAUUUUCUUUCUCCUCUCAAAGUCCCCCUUUUUCUUGGAAAUCUUAUCUCUGUUUACAAUCAUUCCUCAACAAAAGUCUACAAUCUAUAUGAACAACAAAGGAACAACUAGUUACCUUGCCACCUUUGGCAGCCUUAACCACUUACACAGAAGACCACAUUCAAAAAUUUUAAUUGCAAGACAUUUUUUACGUAGCUACAUGGUACCUUUCCUAAAUUUAGAACAUUUCUCUUACAACAAAACUUUCUUUUGUUUUUGAAGCUCGCGAACAAGCCUUUACCAUUUCUUCAUACAUAGUAGGAGUCACAGUUGCAUGGUUAUUUUGCUCUUCUUUUGUCAUUCAGUCAAAAUCUUGUCCAGGUUGGUGUUGCACAUUGCAGCUAAACAAGACCUCAAGCUCUACUUAGAGCGUAAAUGAAGGUUAGAAACAUCUUUUGGUUUCAUCUCAAAAUCCCUCCUUCCACUCAAUGAAUAUGUAAGCCAUACUUUGCUUAGUUGUCUGAAUUUUUUAAUGAAAAACUCAAUAUAAUUGGGAGGAUUAAUCGAAAGCUCGAAAUCAAUAGGUCCAUCUCCCUUCACUAAAGAGUAAACACCGAAUUUACUUUUAACAGUUUGAUUAUUAUCAUCAGGGAAAAUAAAACUCUCUUCAUCUUCAUAAAUCCGUUGGGUAAAGUUUCCAACACCAAAGGUUUCAGACUUGUGCAAACAAAUGAUUCAAUAACAUGAUAGCUAUAAUUAUUCAGAGGUUUCCAUAAAGUUAUUGAAUCAUUUGUUUGCAUAAAGUUUCCAACACUAGAGGUUUCAGAAGUCUGAAUCAUUAUAGCUAUCAUGUUAUUGAAUCAUUUGUUUGCACAAGUCUGAAACCUCUGCUGUUGGAAACUUUACCCAACGGAUUUAUGAAGAUGAAGAGAGUUUUAUUCUCCCUGAUGAUAAUAAUCAAACUGUUAAAAGUAAAUUUGGUGUUUACUCUUUAGUGAAGGGAGAUGGACCUAUUGAUUUCGAGCUUUCGAUUAAUCCUCCCAAUUAUAUUGAGUUUUUCAUUAAAAAAUUUAGAUAACUAAGCAAAGUAGGGCUUACAUAUUCAUUGAGUGGAAGGAGGGAUUUUGAGAUGAAACCAAAAGAUGUUUCUAACCUUCAUUUACGCUCUAAGAAGAGCAUGAGGUCUUGUUUAGCUGCUUUGUGCAACACCAACCUGGACAAGAUUUUGACUGAAUGACAAAAGAAGAGCAAAAAUAACCAUGCAACUGUGACUCUUGCUGUGAAUGAAGAAAUGGUAAGGCUUGUUCGCGAGCUUAAAAAACAAAAGAAAGUUUUGUUGUAAGAGAAAUGUUCUAAAUUUAGGAAAAGGUACCAUGUAGCUACGUAAAUAAUGUCUUGCAAUUAAAAUUUUAGAAUGUGGUCUUCUGUGUAAGUGGUUAAAGGUGGCAAGGUAACUGGUUGUUUCUCUGUUGUUCAUAUAGAUUGUAGACUUUUGUUGAGGAAUGAUUGUAAACAGAGAUAAGAUUUCCAAGAAAAAGGGGGACUUUGAGUGGAGAAAGAAAAUUAAGAGGAAAGGACGGAGGAGAGAGAUGAGGGACAAAAUUAUACAUACUUGACUUCGUGGAAAGAUUAAAUUCUAAUUUUAGAAUUUCUGAAAAUGGAGGUGUGAUAGUUAGAGACUGGAUUGAUCUCAAUGAAUUAAAUUUAAGAUCAAGGAACCUUUAAAAGCUUGAAGAUGAGGUGGGUUAUUUUAAUUAUCUAUAUUUAAUUACUUAAUUUUUCUAUGUUUUCAUGAGCAAUGACUUUUGGAUUUGCAUAAAUUUGAAUUUUUUAAAAGCUGAGCUCUUCAGAUUUUAGGACUUUUGUAAUUUGCUGUUUGAGGUGUGAAAGUGCUCCUGCUUCCUACAGCAUUUGCUGAUGUUUCUUUAAAUUGUCCUUGGUGCAAAUUUAUUUCUAUCAGCUUACAAUUGUAAGAUAAUUCUAAACCACCUUCCUCUAUGUAUUAUGGACAUAUGGUCUAAUAUUACUUUUAUCAUUUGUAAUAAACUUUUCUAAGUGUUCCACUAAUCUUUCCAAUAUGCACUAAUUAUGACGAAGCCUAAAAAUAGACAAAAUAUGAGUAAGUGGCGAAAUAUGGAGAGCUUGUCUAUUUAUCAAGACCAUGAACUAGCCUAAUGAUAAAGGACCUUAAACGAGUUACCAGUUUAAUGAAAAAUGUCUCUUUCUAAGCUUGAGAUAAUUAAUCCAUAUUUGUUCACUUGGUGACGGGUUCACAACUAUAAUUGCAUAAAAACAACCAUUUUGGGGCAAAGUAUCCUCCAUAUUUGUUUGUUCCAGUGCACAGCAAUAUAAUGCUCUGCAGAACUUCUGUUCUUGCAAAACAACCAUGAAAAUAGCUUGAUCUGAGGUCUUGAACUAGUUCUUUUGAUGGGUGAAGCUUUUAGGUUUCAGAGUAGUUUACUUACCUGAGUACCUAUGCCAGCUAUAAGACCUAUAGUCUCAAACCAUGCACAACACCGACACGCAAACGACCCCUAUUUUGGCCCUGCUAAAUGUGCUGCCCAAAAGUAAAGAGAGCCUGUUAGUUGUUUGUUUGAUUGAUAACCACGAGAUUGUUAGUCUUUGUAACUCAAGGACAGUGCAUGAAAACUCAAAAAGAUAUGAAAUACUAGGUAUAAAUAUCCUAAUACUUCACAACUGUGUUUAUGAGCAGUAUAUCUUGUUACCUUCAUGGAUUUACUUAAAGAAGGGGCAAUAAAAGGACAAUAGAACACAAAACAUUCCAGUUAAUUAUUUUGUCGAACUGAACUUGUCUCAGCUCUCAAUUUUGUUUGUAACCGGAGAGAUUCUAGGAAAUUAGACGCGUAUAUCAGAGUGUACAUCCAGAUGAAUAGAUAUGGGCGACUCUUUUUCAAUUUUCAUAAGCGAUAUCGUGAUUUGAGUAUCAGAUGGCGUAAUAAUAAUGCACUUCGUCAAGGUAAAAGCAGAGAAGUGACCUUAUCACCCCAUAGUCUAUGUGCUCAACCAUAUUCGUGUGUAAGACUGUAUUCAAGUCUUGGAGUGAAUCUAAUCCCAGAAAAUGCCCAGGAUAUGCAUUCAGAUGGGGUAUAUGAUACUCCUCAAAAUAAUAAAUUUCUUAAACUCGGUGAAUGUAAUCCUUGGGACAGGCCAAAUUUUGGACAACACCAAUCUUCGCCAACAAAUCAGUAUGCUUCAACUUGGACUACUCCACAAAACCAUUCAACAGAUAAAAUUGAAGUGAAUCGACAAUAUGAUGGAUACUAUGAUGGAGGGAAAAUCCCAGCAGUUAAACAAAUUAGUGACCACCAGAAUGCGAGUAAUUGGUUGUGUCUAGAAGAUCCGAGUAGCGUUUAUGCGGGUAAUAGAGUUGCAUACCAUCCGGGUAGUUAUCAGCAGGCCCAUGUGUCAUCAAAUGGCAGUGCUCCUUUGCCAAAUUCCAAUGGAUAUUCUAAUAUUCGUGCUGGACAGUCUUCGCAGAACUUAAAUGGAACUUGGAAUCCUAAUGUGCCUGGUGGCUAUGCUGGACAGUCUCCGCAGAACUUAAAUGGAACUUGGAAUCCUAAUGUGCCUGGUGGCUAUGCUGGACAGUCUCCGCAGAACUUAAAUGGAACUUGGAAUCCAAAUGUGCCUGGUGGCUAUCAGCUAGACCAUGUCUCGGUAAAUGGCAGAGUUUCUAUGGCAAAUUCUAGUGGAUACCAUAAUGUUCAUGCUGAACCUUCUCAGCAGAACUCCAAUGGAACUCACAAUCCUAACGUGCCUGGUGGUUAUCGGACAGAUCUCGUGUCAGAACAUGGCAGUGUUCCUUUGGCAAAUUCUAGUGGAUAUUAUAAUGCUCAUCCUGGACUGUCUCAACACAACUUUAAUGGAACUCGGAAUCCUAACGUGACUGGAGGUUAUCAGCUAGACCAUGUGUCAGUAAACGGCAGUGGUCCUUCGGCAAAUUCUAGUGGAUAUCAUAAUGUUCAUGCUGCACAGCAGAACUUCAAUGAAGCUCACAAUCCUAACGUGCUUCCGCAAUCACAAGUAAGUCCUACUCCUUGGCAGUCAACUGAAAAUGGUGAAUUUGAUAAUGGUGCUGAUGAAAAACUUGAAGAGUUGGUUAAUUUUUGUAAAGAUUGGAAUCUGAUAAGUGCUGUAGAUACCAUGAGAGAUCUGAGCAAUAUGGGAGUUCGCAUAGGCAUACAACAUUACUUGAUUCUAAUGGACGCAUGUGGGAAAGCCAAAGCUUUAAAAGAAGCAAAAGAUGUUCAUCAGCAUCUUAUCAGUUUUGCCGCUCCUGUUCAAGUUAGCGUGUUUAACAAGAUAUUGGAGAUGUAUGGGAAAUGUGGUUCAAUGGAAGACGCCUUCAAAACAUUUGACAGUAUGCGUGAGCGUAAUAUGACAACUUGGGACACCAUGAUUACAUGGCUCUCCAAAAAUGGUCUUGGAGAAGAUGCUAUUGAUAUGUUCUCUAAAUUCAAGGAAGCCGGAUUAAAACCGGAUGGUCUGAUGUUCUUGGGUGUAUUCGAUGCUUGUGGAGUUCUUGGUGAUGUGACCGAGGGAUUGCUACAUUUUGACUCGAUGGUCAACAAAUACGGCAUUACUCCCACGAUGACGCACUAUGCUCGUAUAGUACACAUGUUUGGCAGUGCUUGUGAUCUAGAUGGAGCGUUAGAGUUCAUUGAGAAAAUGCCCGUUGAGCCAAGUAUAGAAGUCUGGGAAAGCCUAAUGAACAUUGCCCGUGUUCAAGGAAAUGUAGAAAUCGGGGACCGCUCAGCUCAAAUUGUGGAGCAGCUGGACCCCACUCGCUUGAACAAAGAUUUGAGGGAUGGGCUCUUACUGGUGGAUCCAGAUGCCCCGAAAAAGAAGGUGAAGAAGUAUAACCCUUUGGAACAUAUAUCACAUGAUUACCGUGCAGGCGACCAAUCGCAUCCAGAAAAGGACAAGAUUUAUGCAGUAUUGAGGGGAUUAAAAGAAAUAGUAAAAGAAGCUGGGUAUAUUCCAGAGACAAAAUUUGUUCUUCAUGACAUUGACCCGGAAGGAAAAGAGGAAACGAUUAUGGCGCAUAGUGAAAGACUUGCUGCCGCAUAUGCCCUAAUUACAUCCGGAGCACGCCAUCAAUUUCGGGUUAUAAAGAAUCUUCGUGUGUGCGGUGAUUGCCAUAAUUAUUUUAAAAUACUUUCAGAUAUUGUAGGCAGGGAGAUCAUUAUGCGAGAUGCCAAACGAUUUCACCAUUUUAAAGAUGGAAAAUGCUCGUGCAAUGACUACUGGUGAAAGUAAAAAUGUUUUGACUGCUCAAGCGUUCUUCACAAAGAAGAUAUAUACGAGCGAUGGACAUUGUGAACCGAUUAGUGGAAGAAAAGCCGUUGGUAGUAUUCAGCAAGAGUUCAUGCUGCAUGAGCCAUUCGAUCAUACAACUUGUAAAAAGUUUUCGAGCAAACGCAACAGUGUAUCAACUGGAUGGCAUGUCCAAUGGGAAAGAAGUAGGUAAAGCGCUCCAACGGCUGGGGCUUCGGUCUACUGUUAUUCCCGCUGUUUUCGUAGGCUAAAAGUUAGUCGGAGACGCUGAAGAGAUGAUUAGCCUUCAGGUACAAGGCCGACUCAUACCGAUGCUGAAAGAAGCAGGAUUUGGGUCUAAUUAACCUCUCCCUGUUAUUUUCAGAUUUCAUUGCUAAUCUCUUAUGCCAUCUUUUCUUUUCUUUUCUUUUUAGUUUGACACAAAUUUUUAUAUGAGACGUUCUCACUGUAAGAUGCAUUCCAUAUAUAAGUCAAAUAGCCCGACUAAUACAAAUUAUUUGCAUAUGGGCUUUUUUGUUUUGAGCUCGUCUCACCGAAAAACGGUUUGUCAAGAGUAGCUCUUAGUUUGAUGGAUGGUUUUUGGCAUAAAAGCUCCAAAAUUUUUUUAA